AUGCCUCGAACGACAUUACCCCCGACUCCGGCUUCCUCAACCGACAUCAAAGGGAAGGAUGGAUCAAAGAUGGUGUCGCAUCAGAUGUCGUUUGAGCUGCCUCCUCCAGCUAUAGCUGCCAAACCGACAAACCCGGCAGCAUCUUCAUCCCAGACGGUAUUUCCAAUGCAAGCCAGCGAGACGGUCAAGUCAAGAAGGCGGACGGCUGCUGCUGCUGCUGCUAUUCAGCCUGCCCCAGCGAAGGAUGAGUUUGUCCUUCCGCCUCCCCCGACGAGGUCUCGCAAGAUCAUUCAGAUGAAGCCCAAGGAGGAGACGGCAGUGUCGACAACAUCGACGACAAGGACGGCUGCUGCUGCUGGCAGUUCCAAGUCCAACAAAGCAGCCGGCAGUGCUACUACCACGACUACCACCACAACAACCACAGCCGGAACCAAGAGAAAACAACCCUCCGCCACGAGCGCCGCAGGGAGGAAAAUCGCAAGAAAAACCGCCCACAGCCUCAUCGAACGUAGAAGAAGAUCAAAAAUGAAUGAGGAGUUUGCCGUUCUCAAAAGCUUGAUCCCAGCUUGCACUGGGGAGAUGCACAAGCUGGCUAUUCUACAGGCCUCAAUCGAAUACGUCCGCUACCUCGAAGACUGCGUCAGCCAGCUCAAAGCCCAGCGCAGCAACACAACAUCUGAAUCAGAAGCAAACGCGCCCACCCCGACCACUAACACCCUCCCCUCCCCGGUUUUCGCACCGUAUAUCCCGUCAAGUUCCUCCCCCGAAGACGUGGAAAUGUCAGGGCAAUCUCCCUCAUCAUCUACCUCGGCGGCUCCAUCACCGGCGUUUACGCCUACUGUGUCGCACCCUCACUCGAGGUUGCCGUCUAUUUCUCCUGCUUUGCUGCCGCUGGAUCAAUCCCGGAAUCGGCACGGGUCUGUUUCUUCUGUUUCUACGGGCACGGAUCAUUAUAGGUCUGGGUCUUUCUCGUUGGGGGGGGGAGGGGGUAGUAAAUUCUGA